AUGUCUCGUUUAACCGACGAAACUUCUGUUAGUACUGUUUUUCAAGUUGACUUGUCAAAUAGAAGUAGCUGGGUCUGGAAGUUUUUUCAUCUAGAAAUUUAUAAAGAAGACGAUGAAUGGUGUGAAAGAGAUGUUAUUUGCAAAAUUGAAACAUUAAUUGAGGUAAAAUGUGAACAAACAUAUCAAACUGAAUCUUCAAUUGGCAAUCUUAUUGGAUACUUAUUAGUAGAACAUUAA